AUGGCGAAAUCUCCAGAUCUCAUGUUCAAAGCAAGGGAUCUUCUUGCGACUCCAAGCCACGAGGGAUUAACGAUCGUCGUCGAUCAGCUCUUUAAGCGUCAAGAAACCGACGAAUACAAAACGGCGCGAGCUCUGUACGACUUCUGCGUCGCUAAUCUCUCAAACUGCUUAACCCUAAAGCUUCUCAAGUUGUAUCUACAUUCUAUAGAUGACGUCGUCAGAUUCCGAUCGAUCUUUCUCCUCUAUAAAACUCUCACCGAUUCAAGAAACGGCAGCAUCGCAAUCGCACUCUCUCUCGUCUCCUUCAAAGAUAUAAAGCCCCUUGUCAUUUCUUGCCUGAAAAUGCCAAACGCCAAGAAAUCUGACGGAAAGAUCCUCCGAAGAAUCGUUUCUUUUGUAGCUUUCAGUGUUGUGAAGUUGGAUAACAGAGGAUGGGACGAGCUCGGCGAUUGCAUCCUCUUCCUCGCGAAUACCGAUCCUCUCAAGGCUUUCAGUGUCUUCCUCGAUUUGCCGCUACUCGGUUUGAAAUUCGUCAGACCGUUUCUGGAGAAACUUGUAGAGGAAGUCUACAAAGUGUUGCAAGAUGACAGGGACGAAGAAGAUUGGAGUUUGGCUUUGGAAACUGCUAUUAAACUUGGGAUUCAGAUUGAAAGAAGAUUCGAUUUGACGAGGGAGAUUCUUGGGAACGUUCUGAAAUCAGCUGGUGAGCUUGUGAAGAAGGGUAAGGAACAGUUUCUGCAACGAGGGCUUGCACGUCUCGUCAAGUUCCUGGAAAAGGACUCGAAGAUGUGUGAAUACAGUAGCGAGCAAUGCGGUUUCGUGUCAGAGUUUGCGUUCAAGAUCGGAACAUACACGGAGGAAGCUGCGAGGAAUAUCUAUCAAAUGGUUACAAAACUGGAGAAUCAUGUUCCCGAUCCAGCCUUCAAACUCGAGCCAUCUCUCGUUGAAAAGCAACGAUCUGAACUUGAGCUGUACAAGAGUUUGGAGAUGUUACCUCCAGUGGAAAUCUUGAGUAUGGUCGCGUUGACUCGGAUGAGUGACGAGUCCAGAGAGGUAGCGAUGAGACGAGUGCACGAUUUUCUUUGUGACCACACUUCAGGGAAAGCGGUGAUUGGUGUUUCAGAGAUUAGGAAACUCAAGAAACUGCUCAUUUCUUGCCUUGCAGAAGUAGGAUUGCCAGAGAACACGUUCAAGAUUCUUGGUCAGGUGGUGUUCCACGUUGCGCAUGAGAUGCUGAGCUUCCAAGAGGAUACAUGGUCCGAUCUAUGGGUCUAUAUCGGAUCACAGUGCAAAACGCAGUUCGAGAACACGGUCUAUAUCUUCCAGUGUUUGACAAUGAUGCUUGAAGAUAAAGAGUUUGUGAUUCCUGCGAUUGAGAAUCUUCUCCCAGAGAUAACCACGAGGUUAAACCCACCGAGAGAGUUGUUGGUAGAUAACAGUUGCUGGGUCUUGGCGUUUGUGGGUGGUUUCUGUGCUGCAAUUCACUUGUUAGAGUUCACUAGUUACGCUGGAUCCGUUAAGGAGAUUUCUGAUCAGAUGAUAGGUUCGGUGGGAGAGCUAGUGGAAAGAGGAAUGGAAGUUGGGCUUGUGAGGAGAGCUUUGAGGGAUCUGGAAAGUGUUGUGAAGAAACAAGUGGAGUGGUAUGAUGCUAAUGAAUACAGAUUCUGUAAGACUUUGCUUCGGCGUCUUUACACAAUCAGAGGACUCGGAAGGGAAACUAUGUUUGUGGUGUGGAGAACUAACAAGAUUUUCGAGAGAGGAACGCCCAAUGUGGAUAAAGAGCUCUAG